AUGGGAAAUGAGGCCAGUUACCCGGAGGAGAUGUGCUCCCACUUUGACCAUGAUGAAAUUAAAAGGCUGGGCAAGAGAUUUAAGAAGCUGGACUUGGACUCGUCAGGUGCCCUGAGCGUGGACGAGUUCCUGUCCCUGCCCGAGCUGCGGCACAACCCGUUAGUGCAGCGAGUGAUCGAGGUUUUCGACGCCGAUGGCAACGGGGAGGUGAACUUUGAGGAAUUCAUCGUGGGGACCUCCCAGUUUAGUGUCAAGGGAAAUGAGGAGGAGAAGCUAAGGUUUGCUUUCAACAUCUACGACAUGGAUAAAGAUGGCUACAUUUCCAACGGGGAGCUCUUCCAGGUGCUAAAGAUGAUGGUGGGGAACAACCUGAAAGACUGGAAGUUACAGCAGCUCGUGGACAAAACCAUCAUCACCCUGGACACGGACGGAGAUGGGAAAAUAUCCUUUGAGGAAUUCACAGCUGCGGUUAAGGGCUUGGAGGUCCACAAGAAGUUGGUGGUAGUUGUGUGA